AUGGAAUCCAUGAACUUCAACGUUUGUUCCAAUGCUGGAAUCAUUGAAGCAGGUGGAAAAGUCCCAAUAUCAACACAAAAGGCCAAAGAUAUGUAUGCUUCACAGCGUGCACUAGAAUUGAGGAAAUUCUAUGAUCCUUGUGAAGCUGAUAUAAAUCCACACUCUUCCGAGGAUACUCUAAAUGGUCGACUUAAUUCUGAUGGAGCCCUCGACUCUUAUGCCGAGGUUGCUAUAUGGCGUUUAGGCGGGGUUCAUUCUAUGAUCAGCAUAAUAGAUGGUUCUACUCAAUACUUUAUUGCUGGAGCACGACGCGAUAGAUCUUCAACCGAAGAUGAAAUCGUUAACGAUUCAUGGUUUGGGUGUUUUCAGGUGCCAUCGCCUGGUGGACUUUGUGAGAACACUUUGGCCAUCAGUGCUGACGAAGAAGAUACCUAUCCCUGUUUUAUUAUCGACGACUUAAAGAACGAUCCAAGAUUUGCUAGUUUACCCAUAGUUGAUGGAUCUAUGGCUUCAUAUGUUUGGUACGCUGGAGCUCCAAUUACCACUAAAAACGGUAUAAACAUUGGGGUUUUGUGUGUUUUUGGUGACCGCCCUAUCACAGGAUUGAACCUGGAGAGAAGAAAAUUUCUAUAUCAUCAAGCGAAUAAUAUUAUGAAGUACAUGGAAACGCAACGAGAGGCUGUUGAAAGACAUCGAGUUGCGCUUAUGUCAAAAGGAAUUGCUACAUUUCUAGAAAGAUCUUCUCGUUAUACUAGUACUUCCGAUGACUCAUACGCCUCAGAGGAGGGAGCUGCAGAUAUGAGUAACGGAUCCAUUCACGUAACCGACGAUGAGGCCCUAGGAGAAGGUUGUCGGAGUGAACAUUCUAAUUCGUCAAAUCAAGUACAGCAAUCUUCUGAAUCCGUACUUGACCAAAUACGAAUCACUUUAGACCAUGCUGCCGAGAUUCUUCGGGAAUAUCUUGAACUCAACGUUGGAGGUGUUGUUUUCUUAGACACGACUGCUGGCCACACCGAAGUGGGAAACAUGGAUGCUUACUUCGACGCAAGCACUGAUUUAGGUACGGAGGUGAAAGAGGUCGAGUCGAGGAAAUCAGUCGUACAUAACGAAGAACGACAAAAGUAUGAAGACUACCAACGAAGGCUAUCCCAGGGUACAAUACGAACUUCGACGGGUAGACAUAAAGCAGCAAAGAUUCUUUCUAUGUCGACAGCAAAAAUUGCAACCUGGGAUUCAGAAGCUCAUGUUCUGGAUGGUAAAACCCUUCAAUCACUGAUUAAUUCUUACCCCAAGGGCAAUGUCUGGUACAUUGAUGACAAUGGCUAUUUCUCAAGCUUAGAGCAAGUUAAUGAUCGGAAACACACGCAUUCGAAUGGAGCUAGCCCCAACGAAAGGCCUCGAACGUCCGGUUCUUUUGAUGCUACGAAGCAAGAAGCUGAAGCAAAUAUGCUUGCUAAAGUAUUCCAUAAAGCAAGACAAAUCAUAUUCCUUCCUCUUUGGGAUUCUGCAGGAGCGAGAUGGUAUUCGGCCUCCUUCGUAUGGAGUCAAUCAGCUGUACCUGUCUUCACAGUAAAUAAUGAGAUAUCUUACCUAUCCGCAUUCACAAAUUCGGUUAUGGUGGAGAUCAGUCGUUUGGAUGCACUUAUUUCAAACAAAAUGAAAUCUGAUUUUAUUAGUAGCAUUUCACAUGAAUUUCGCUCCCCGCUCCACGGAAUACUAGCUUCUGCGGACUUCUUACGAGAAUCGAAUCUCGAUACCUCGCAAACAGAAUUUGUCUCGACAAUUCAAAAUUGUAGUGGAACUCUUCUGGAUACAAUCAAUCACGUUCUAGACUACAGCAAAAUCAAUUCCUUCGAGAAGAGAGAAGGUUCUUUACAAGGAUCCUUCUCGAGCGAGCUUCAUCAAGUAACCAAUGUAGCUUUGCUAUGCGAGGAUACAAUUAAUGGUAUGAUCGCUGCUAACCACUUUAGAAGUGUUGCACCGAUGUAUAAUUUGGCACUUUCAAAUGGUUCACCAAACAAGAAAGACGGUGUCGUGGGAAAGGGAACUUCAACACCUUUACAAAUUAUUCUAGACUUCGAAAUGCGGGAUUGGACUUACAAAGUUCAUGCUGGUGCAAUUCAACGUAUUCUAAUGAAUAUAUUUGGCAAUUCACAAAAAUACACAGACGAGGGAUAUAUUCAAGUACAGUUGCGAUUACAACAGCAAAAAACGAUUUUAGACAUUCCGGCUUCAGUAUCAAACCAUACAGGAGAUUUCUUGUGCUUGCGUAUCAAAGAUUCGGGUAGAGGAAUGUCAACCGAAUACAUGGAACGUAAACUCUACCAUCCGUUUGCCCAGGAAAAUAAUUUUACUCCUGGUGUGGGCUUGGGUCUUUCUAUUGUCUGGAGUAUCGUAAAACAAUUAGGUGGAACUAUUCUCGUCCGCAGUGAGGUAGGCAUAGGAACCGAUGUCGAAGUUCUUAUACCAAUAGAGAAAUCAGAACCUCCUUCCCCCGAUGAUAUGAUGAAUGGAAAUACUGUUGAUACCACCGACGUCAGAAUUUCUGCUGAAAAGACCAUAAGAUCACUUCGUGAUAAAGCGACUGGGAAAGUAAUAUCUCUCGAUCAUGGAAAGAUCACAAACUCGCAAAAUGAUGUGUGGGACUGUAUUCAAAAAUAUUGCUCAGAGUGGUAUGGGUUUGAUAUCCGCAAGUCAGACGGAAGUCCAAAGACCGAAGAUCUACUUCUCAUCAACGAGACAUCUUACUUGCCGGAAAGCUGCAGGUGUCAGAGAACAUUGGUAAUUCACGACGCAAUGAGCUAUCCCAAGAUAAAUAGGAAAGAUGAUCAGCAUUUCAUAGCCCAUAUAUCUCAACCCAUAGGACCUUACAGACUAGCUCGAUCAAUCCUCGCUCUCCUGGAUCAAACGAGCUGCGAUCCUCGUCACAGGGAUGCCACUACACAAACUCCCCUCGGUUCACCACAGGAACGUGUAGGUAACGAAACAGGAGAGUAUAGCUUCUUACCAUUGCAAGACCCAACUAUAAAUGAAGUCAACCUCACAUCAGCCGAUCUAAAAGCCCGCGAAGAGUUCGCUCUAUCUCUCAAAAAGCUACAACAGCUACAAAUCCAAGCACCUCCAACCACCACCUUAAAAUCGGCAUCGAAACCUCAAAUCUCCAACCAUACUUCUUUAACCCAAUUUUCGCCACCGCUAUCCCCAUCCCUAUCUCAAGCCUCUAAACCCUUACCCGAGAAUACACCCCUCCAUAUCCUCGCCGUCGACGACAACGUACUUAAUCUUCAGCUUAUUCAUCGGUAUUUGCAAAAACGCAAAACAGAUACGAUUGUCAUCGCUACGGAUGGGGUGGAAGCGGUGGCGGCGGUUAGGGCGGAGAAAGAUGGGGUUGGAUGUGGGUUUGAUGUUAUUUUUAUGGAUAUUUCAAUGCCGAAUAUGGAUGGGUUUGAGGCUACGAGGUUGAUUAGGGGGUGGGAAGGGGAUGGGGAAAGGGGGGGAGGGAUGGGGAUGGAUGUGAAUGUGAAUAUGGAUGAGACGGCUGUGUGGGGUGAGGGUGAAGGGAACGCGGAUGGGGUGAUGGAGAGGAAGGAGGAGAGAAAGGAGGAGAGUACGGGGGGUGGUGUAUGGGAAAGGGGCAGGGAAAAGGAGAAAGCGUAUAUAGUUGCGAUGACGGGCUUAGGCAGUCAAAAGGCGAGGGAUGAGGCGGUGAAUAGUGGCUUCGAUGAUUUCAUGACGAAACCGGUUAAAUUGCCGAAGGUGGGGGAGUUACUCAAGAAACUUAGUUGUGAGAAGGCUGGGAGGUUGGAAGGGGGGAGGUGA